GGAGCCGCCCGGCGGGUGGAGCCUCGCGGCCCCGCCCGAGCCGGCCGCCUCCCGGCGCGUGCAAACUAGUGGCAGCCGGUGCGGCUCGGCUGCCGGCCCGCCCGCCCGCCGCCCGCUCCCGGCGCCUCAGCGCGGCACGCAUGCCAAGGCCCGGCGGCGCCAGGUUGACUUCUGAAUUUUGGGUCUGAAGGUACCCUCUUGCUUUCUCAGCAAAUCAUGGACAUCGCUGGCUUUCUGAAGUCUCAAUUCAUUUUCCACCUUCUGAUCUGCUACAUAUUUAUAGUGUCAGGACUGAUCAUUAACUUCAUUCAACUCUUUACACUUAUACUCUGGCCAAUCAACAAGCAACUGUUCAGGAGGAUCAACUGCAGGCUGGCUUACUGCAUUUCAAGCCAAAUGGUGAUGUUGCUGGAAUGGUGGUCAGGCACCGAUUGCACCCUCUACACUGACCCAGAGAGUUACCACAAGUAUGGGAAGGAGAAUGCCAUCGUAAUCCUUAAUCACAAUUUUGAAAUCGACUUCCUCUGUGGUUGGAACUUUUGUGAAAGAUUUGGGGUCUUGGGGAGUUCCAAAGUGCUUGCAAAGAAGGAGCUCUCCUACAUGCCUAUCAUUGGCUGGAUGUGGUAUUUCCUAGAGAUAGUCUUCUGCAAGCGUAAGUGGGAGGAAGAUCGGAAAACAGUCAUGCAGAAGUUGCUGAAUCUCCGGGACUACCCUGAAAACUUUUGGUUCCUGAUUCAUUGCGAGGGCACAAGGUUUACAGAACAGAAGCACCAGAUUAGCAUGCAGGUAGCUGAAGCCAAGGGCCUGCCCAAGCUCAGGUAUCACCUGCUGCCACGAACGAAAGGAUUUGCUGUCACCGUGCAGUGUUUGAGAAAUGUAGUUUCUGCAGUCUAUGAUUCUACCCUCAAUUUUAGAAAUAAUGAGAAUCCAACGUUGCUGGGAGUUCUAAAUGGAAAAAAAUAUCAUGCAGAUUUAUAUGUAAGGCGGAUUCCACUAGAGGAAGUCCCAGAAGAUGAGCAGGAAUGUUCUAUCUGGCUUCACAAACUGUAUCAAGAAAAGGAUGCGUUCCAGGAAGAAUACUACCGAACAGGAACCUACCCAGGAGUCCCUAUAGUACCACCCCGACGACCAUGGACGCUUUUGAACUGGCUUUUCUGGGCCUUAUUGCUACUAUAUCCUUUAUUCAAGCUGCUCAUCAACAUGAUCAACAGUGGAUCAUCACUGACACUGGCUAGUUUUGCAUUUGUCAUUGUAAUGGCUUCUGUCGGUGUCAGAUGGAUGAUAGGCGUUACAGAAAUUAACAAGGGCUCCACCUAUGGCAACAACGACAACAAGCAGAAACAAAAGUAGUACCUUCAGAGACUGCUUCAAUCCAAAGGGAGCAAAUGCAACUUCUGAAAACUCUUAAGUGAAUAUCAUGGUCCUUCAAAUGAGAUCAGAGGAAGGGUAGGGUGAGCACUUGCCAUGAAUAUCUGAAUUUGUGCUCCUGUUAUUUUUCUCGGGGGGUGUGGGCUGGAUGACAUGCUUGAAAGAUGCACUCCGUAUAUAUUCCACAACAGGUUUGCAUUUGUUUGGUUGGUUUGUUUUCCUAAAAAAUGACUUAAGUUUUGAAAUUAAAAAAAAAAAACUUCCAGUGUGCUUGUAUGAUGAGACUCUACCUGGAAACUAACCAGAGGUGCAGGCUUUAUCAUUCUUAACUUGCUCUAAGGAAUGGAUAAAUGUCAGAAGAUUUGUUACAAGAUGAUUAAAAUUGAUAGUUGUGUAGAUCACACAUUAACAGUUUAACCACCAUAAUCUGUCAAUGUUUAAAUACAGUAAGAUGCUCUGCUUGGUUAUUUCAGUAUUGGACUGAAGCAGCUCUACUGAACUGGCAGAACUGCUGGUAGAGUUUUGCUACAUCUAAAACUUAUUCCCACAGUGUGCACUGCAUGGGCCUCUUGCAACCUCAGCCAGACCCCAGCUGAGGGCCCACUUUGUUAGGUCAGAGCCUUGCAAGGGCAUAACCUGGAGUGGAAUUUGGCCUUGUGGCCUGAGCAGAGCCAAGUUACAUCUUUCCCCAGGCAAGACAUCAGAGGGAUAUCUGAAACCUGUAAUUCUUUUGAGAGUAAAUGCCUUUUAUAGAUUGGAAAAACUGAGGUAAUAAAAUUCCUUUCAGCUUUAAACACUGAUUAAAAUUCUAGGCCUUCCUAACAAUGGUAGAAACAAAACAACUGGACAUGCUGUAACUAAGUAAUGCAAAGACAAGGCAUUAGCAGUUAUGCCCCACACCCAUACUGUUGUGAUCCCAAUCAAUCUGCUUAUCUUUUCUGAUAAAGUAGUUUACAUGGUGCCUCAUAACCGUCAGUCUGAGGUAAUAGUUAAAUUGUCUUUUACUUUUCUUCUGGAGGGAAGAGGGGCAGUAGGAGAGAGACCUAGGACAGUGGUAUGGCUUAGUUUUUUAUGGCUGGCUGGACUUGCUUUGACAUCCUUACUGAAUUAAAUAAAACAAGACUCGAGCUCCUUGGGAAAACUCUUGAUCUGACAUCCCUGGUACUGAUUCCAGGGCAGCCUCAGUUUCUUUUUAAACUUCAGGAGUUAAGGAUAUGCAAGUCACUAAAAAGAGCUUGUUUAAAAAAAAGGACAAGAAAAAGAGGGGACUGCCAACUACCAGCCAUUGUGAUUGAAAAAUCCCCCAUCUCUUUCAAUCUAAAGAUACUGAUGGUGAGCACUGAGGAUUAUUGGCACGUGUUCACUGCAUAGAGGCCUAACCCAGGCCAGUCCAGGCACCCGCAGCCUGGGUGUGUCUAGGGAAGAAAGGGAGCAGUCUUAGUUCUAGCAGCUGGUGUAAACAUUUCUCUUUUCCUAUAAUAAAACUGAGGCCAUAAGAAAUGGGCUAAUGCACCAGAACAUGAAUCAUUCUGUGAAAUAUGUAUUUGCUGUUCAGUAUAGGAGAUCAUCUAGAAACUAUUCUUUUUAAUAAGCAGCAUCUAAAGAGCAGGUGUAGUAAAGCUUUUAGCAUGGGCCAGAAGUUUUUUGAGCGCAGACGCAAUAAAAUGUACGAUGUGAAAGAAGGACUAGGCCUCAGGGAGUGUGAGGGCCUAGUUUUGGGGGUGCUUUUCCCCAGCUGUCCUGUGUACACAUGCAUUCCCUAGGUUCUGAAGCUUUCUGGGAUAGGUUGUAUGAUGUCAUGAACGUCAACUUGGGCUUUAGUGCAGUUUUUCAACACAUGAAAUACAGCCUGAGAUCAGAAAAUACUGCCAUGCUUGCAAAGCUAUUCUUUUGCUAAAUAAAGCACACGCCCCGCCCUCUAUUUGCUAAAACAGUCUUAACAGUGGAAACCCGAGUACGGUAACCUGUAGUAUUGUCUGAAGGUCCAGGGUCCCAGGGUGAUGCAUCGGGCCUGAAGGCGCCUUUGGGACUCUGCAAGUGGGUGGGGGCAGGAGGCAGAAGAGCUCCCUCCAAGCUAGAGUUUCACUGCAGCCCCUACCUGGCAGGUACAGCAGGCUUUCCUCAGGGUGGUAGAAUGAACCCUGUAUGCAGGGCAGAGUAGUCCUGAGCAGCAAAUACCUAUUCAUGUAGUGAUAGAGAUGAGCUUUUUUUGCCUUUUUAGAGAGCCAUUGAUUUAACGUGCUGGUAGGGAGACAUUUAACAUUCCUUGGGAAUCUUAGUCCUUUCCUCUCCAACUGCAUGCAGUGCCACUUCUCCCAGAGGAAAACACCAAACAUGUAAAUACUUCUGAAAGAGCAUUUAGACCAUUUCAUACCCACUUCCCUGGGACCAACCCUUAGAAUAGGCUGAGGGCCAAACAUGCCACUCCUAGAUCCGUCCUCCUAAGCACUUCUAGAAAGUCCUGGCCCACAGAUUGCACCACCGGGCCCUUCCAGCAGUCACGGGCAGACAGAAAGCUUAAUGGUACUUGCCAAAGUUAAACUAGUCCAGUUCACUGUAUUACAGAAUGACAUGCGUCAUUAGGAAGCAGUGUUUGCCCCCUGUCCCCACAACAACUGUAUGUUCUACAACUGCCUUAACAAAAGUAGUCUUAACAUUUGUUUAUACAAAAAUAAAAAAGUAUAAAAAGCU